AUGCUACUAGCGUUCUUUCCGAUCCGGACUUCUAGCAGGCAGGACGUAGCUCGUGAUUUUGUGCAAAAAUUUAAAAUGGCUGCCGUUAACAGACAGGCGAUGUUAGACGGAUUUACGUGUGAUGAAGAAAUAGCUAAUUGGGUUACGAAUGACCCUACUGUAGAAUUGAAAGGAUUUGUCGACAAGAUUGAAGGCACCAAAAGAGUGCCGGUAUCAAAAGGAAGCACAGAGAUGACAUCGCUGUAUAAAAUCAUCGUAAGCAAUGGAAGUUCCAGCAAGGUGCGCGUCCUUUUCUGGGGACAAAUGGCCACUGUCCAUUCAGCCAGCAUUCGUGACCGAUCGGUUAUUGGAAUUGAACGGGCAAAAACAACUCCAGGAAAUCCCACUUUUAAUAACCCGUAUGAAGCUAUUGGGCCCUUGGAGUUGACUCUUAACAAUUCUUCUGUGGUGAACAUCUCGGGAGACAUUUUUGAUGAGGUUGUCGACGAUGCUUCACCUGAAGUAGUACGUUUGAUCGACGCACCCAAUUAUACGAAAAAGAUGUAUGUCCUAGCAUGGGUGAAACUUCCAUUCGGCCCGGUUACAUUAUACGGUAGUACACAUGGUAGUGGUGUAAUCAUCGACGGUAAUUAUCGGCUGCGAGUACAAAUUGCAAACUACGUGGCAAAUCCAUUACUGGUUAAAGGCGUGUAUGUUAAAGUAUUGUGUCAGAGCUCAGUUGAUACAAAAGGAAACUCUUAUCUGAUGGUACGCAACAGUGAUGACAUUGUUAUUGCACCAGGCAAACCUGCCAUGACUGCAGCCGAGCUUCAGAAAUCGGGAUUCGUUACACCUAAAAGAGGCUCUGAUGAAGAUCAAGGAGGAGUCUCAAAAAAGGUUGCUCCUUCUGGAUAA